GGCUUUUAAUUCCAUUGUGGAGAGGACGGCGUUAUUUUUAUUAACCGGAGGCGGCGGCGGCGACGGCGGUGGCGGCGGCGGACCCCCAGGCCUGCUCCGGGGCAUGAAAGUCGGCAGCGCGUUCCUGAGCGGCGGCGGCGGCGGCGCGGGCAGCGGCGGGCGGGCGGAGAUGGAGCCCAGCUUCCCGCCGGGCAUGGUGAUGUUCAACCACCGGCUGCCCCCGGUCGCCAGCUUCGCGCGGCCGGCGGGCGCGGCCGCCCCUCCCCCGCAGUGCGUGUUGGCCGCCGCCCCGGCCGCGGCCCCGGCCGCCGAGCCCCCCCCGGCGCCCGCCCCGGACGUGACUUUCAAGAAGGAGCCGGCGGCGCCCGGCGCGGCCUUCCCGGCGCAGAGGACCUCCUGGGGCUUCCUGCAGUCGCUGGUCAGCAUCAAGCAGGAGAAGCCGGCCGAGCCCGAGGAGCCGCCGGGCGCCCCGCACCCGCACUACGGGGGGCUGUUCGCCGGGGCCGACGAGCGGGCGCCGGCGCUGGGCGGCGGGGACGGGGGCGGCCCCGGCGUCAUCCAGGACCUCAGCGUCCUGCACCCGCCGCCCGCCCCGCACCCGCGCGACGUGCUGCUGGGCGGUGGCGGCGGCCGGACCGACGACCCCCGCGGGCCCGAGGAGCCCAAGCAGGACGCGGGCGUGAAGAAGGCGAAGAGGCCAAAGCCAGAAUCUCAGGGAAUCAAAGCCAAGAGGAAGCCGAGCGCAUCUUCCAAGCCGUCGCUGGUUGGAGACGGAGAAGGCGCCGUCCUGUCCCCCAGUCAGAAACCUCACAUCUGCGACCACUGCAGCGCUGCUUUCCGGAGCUCCUACCACCUGCGGAGGCACGUCCUCAUCCAUACCGGGGAGCGGCCCUUCCAGUGCAGCCAGUGCAGCAUGGGCUUCAUCCAGAAGUACCUGCUGCAGAGGCACGAGAAGAUCCACAGCCGCGAGAAGCCCUUCGGGUGUGACCAGUGCAGCAUGAAGUUCAUCCAGAAGUACCAUAUGGAGAGACACAAGCGGACGCAUAGUGGAGAAAAGCCAUAUAAAUGUGACACUUGCCAGCAGUAUUUUUCACGGACUGAUAGACUGUUGAAGCACAGGCGCACGUGUGGUGAAGCCAUAGCGAAAGGGGCCCCCAAUUCCGAACCUGGGUCAUCAAACCAUAGCAGCCUGGGAAGUCUGGCUGUGUUGUCUCAGGGAAAUACAAGUUCUUCAAGGAGAAAAGCGAAGUCCAAGAGCCUCGCCAUUGAAAACAAGGAACCCAAGACCGGGAAAGCAAAUGAGUCGCCAAUCUCAAACAGUAUAAGCAUGCAGAACUACUCAGUAGAAAUGCCUACUGUGUCUUCCAGCGGAGGUGUCAUUGGCUCCGGCAUCGACGAGCUGCAGAAGAGGGUGCCAAAACUGAUCUUUAAGAAAGGGAGCCGAAAGAGCACCGAUAAAAACUACCUGAACUUCGUGUCGCCGCUCCCAGACCUCGUUGGGCAGAAGUCCCUGUCUGGGAAACCCAGUGGCUCCCUUGGCAUAGUGUCCAACAGUAGUGUGGAGACCAUUGGUCUUCUGCAAAGUACCAGUGGCAAACAAGGUCAAAUAGGCAGUAAUUACGAUGAUGCCAUGCAGUUCUCAAAGAAAAGAAGAUACCUGCCAACUGCCAGCAGCAACAGUGCCUUUUCCGUGAACGUGGGACACAUGGUCUCCCAGCAGUCCGUCAUCCAGUCCGCGGGUGUCGGCGUUUUGGACAGUGAGGCCCCGUUGUCCCUCAUUGACUCCUCAGCUCUGAACGCGGAGAUCAAGGCUUGCCACGACAAGUCGGGGAUUCCUGAUGAGGUUUUGCAGAGUAUUUUGGAUCAGUACUCCAGCAAGUCAGAGAGCCAGAAGGAGGACCCCUUCAGCAUAACAGAACCCCGGGUGGAUUUACACACCUCAGGAGAUCACUCGGAGCUGGUUCAAGAAGACAAUUUGAGUCCCGGCACCCAGACUCCUUCCAGUGAUAAGGCAAGCAUGUUACAAGAAUACUCCAAAUACCUCCAGCAGGCUUUUGAAAAAUCCACGAAUGCAGGUUUUACUCUGGGACACGGUUUCCAGUUUGUCAGUCUGUCCUCACCUCUCCACAACCACAGUUUAUUUCCAGAAAAACAGAUAUACACUACGUCUCCUUUGGAAUGUGGUUUCGGCCAGUCUGUUACCUCAGUGUUGCCAUCUUCAUUGCCAAAGCCUCCUUUUGGGAUGUUGUUUGGAUCUCAGCCAGGUCUUUAUUUAUCUGCUUUGGAUGCCACUCAUCAGCAGUUGACACCUUCCCAGGAGCUGGAUGAUCUGAUCGAUUCUCAGAAGAAUUUAGAGACUUCAUCCGCCUUCCAGGCCUCAUCUCAGAAACUGACUAGCCAGAAGGAACAGCAGAAAAACUUAGAGUCCUCAGCAGGCUUUCAGAUUCCAUCUCAGGAGUUAGCUAGCCAGAUAGAUCCUCAGAAAGACGUAGAGCCUAGAACAACGUACCAGAUUGAGAACUUCGCACAAGCGUUUGGUUCUCAGUUCAAGUCGGGCAGCAGGGUGCCAAUGACUUUUAUCACUAACUCUAAUGGAGAAGUGGACCAUAGAGCAAGGACUUCAGUGUCAGAUUUCUCAGGGUAUACAAAUAUGAUGUCUGAUGUUAGUGAGCCAUGUAGUACCAGAGUAAAGACACCCACCAGCCAGAGUUACAGGUAAGGUCCCGAGAGUGACCAGGCUGGAGGUCUUCUAAUGUAAUUGUGUUUUAUUUUGAGAACACUGCCAUUGGAAUGUUUCUACACGAUCCUAUUAAGAAUAAUGUAAUGCCCUUUCAAUGCAACUUUUCAUAUUUAGUUUAUUUUGUUAGUGUGAUUUUAGCUCUGUUUGUAUUAUGAUUUUUAAUCAAAAUCAAUAGAUUAAAAUAGUUUGACAUUCGAAGUGACAAUGUCUAGCAAUCAAAUUUACAUGUAUAGAUCGUCAGGGAAUAGCCCAAAAGUUUUAAAUGCAAAAAAAAGUGAACAUAAAAAACCAUACAAAAAAACGAAACAAAACAAAAAAAAAACAAAAAAAACCUUUGUUGCUAGGAUUAAGGUUAUUCUAAUUGCUUUACUCUCAGGAAAGUGUAAUAACGCAUGGGAAUUCUGUACGUUAUCACUGUAAUGGAAUAUCCAAUUUACAGAUAGUAUGAUAAUACAUUUCAUCAUUUAAGUAAGUAAGGGAUCGAAAACAUUUCAAAUUGCUCUAUCUGGGCUGAUAUGUACAUUUCAUCAUUUCGUCAUUUAAGUAAGGGAUCGAAAACAUUUCAAAUUGCUGUCUCCAUCUGGGCUGAUCCAAAAUUCUGGGAUGUUGGCUACCUAUUAUUUUGUUGCAGCUUUUAAAUGUACUCUGAACUUCCAAACCACAUUCAUUCCAGCCUGGUAGAACAAAUAUUCUUGGAUCUUUGAUCAAAGCCUGGAAUGAUAGCUUUAGUAAGAGAAGGAAAAGAAAGAAAAAAAGCACCCUCUCCUCAUCCCAAUUGUAACAAGGCUGUGACUUCAUCAGGAGGUGACAGGCACAGUGUUGAAGCCCCAGUGGUUGGUUGGUUCCAGUAUUAGAGCCCAAACUGAAGCUUGGGGUAUGUUUGAUGUAUUUAUUAUACAUGGCCUAUAAAAACUCUUCUCUGUCUCUGUUAUGUGUCACCCCCACUUCUGGGUCUUUUGGGGGGGGGGUCCAUUUUUGUUCUUAACCUGUCCUCUUGCAUUCUGGGCCUUCCUUGUGCCCUCUUCUCCCUAACUUGACCGUUUCAGUUUUACCACGAUUCACAUUCCAGUAGGUAAAUUCAUUGUGCGUUUCACAUGCCUUGUGGCAUCCAAAUUCUAAACAACAAGAUAAACAUCCCCCUUCCCCCUUUUCCAAAAUGAGCCCACACAGAUGUCCAUGUAUAAUAAAGCCUCACAUACCCGGAGCUACAGGCAUCAAUAAGGUUGUAAUUCCAACUGGUGACAAAGCCCAUGUGCGGGGUAAGAGUGUCUCAUUUAGUAACGACAUCAGAACCUCUUUGUGAAAUUGCAGCCUGUGUCAUGUACAUUUUUAAAGGGUGCGUUAGUCAGUAUUGUACAGGGGUCUUGUAAAGUCAUCACAACUUGCUAUGAACGCUAAUUGCCAUUUGAAGCUACUGGAUAACAGUGGCUCUGCUCUAAACCACUUUUAGCAAUUGUAUUUUUUUUCCUGAUUAUAUUUUUAAUGUACUUUGAUGUUUAUGCUGAUGAGUUUUUUAUGUACUUUUGGUGAUGUUUCAGUCUUAUGUACUCUUCUGACGUCAGGAAAGUACCACUGGUUGUUUGCAGUCUUAUUGUGUAAUCAGCCUACCACAGGCUUCCAUGUAUAAUAAAGUAAUUAAUAUUGUGCAAGUGUAAAACACUUCUGUUAUGAAAGCAGUGUUUGAAAAUGAGAAAUUAUUAAAAAUGGUUACAAAAUACUAGUUAAUUUCCUUUCCCCACUUUUCCUCCCUUAAGUCUGCUUUACCAGCUAAAGGGGUCACUUAUUUGUCAUUUCAAGAUUCUUAGAAAAUGUAUUUAAUCCUCUUAAAUACACUUAAUACUAAAAAAGUCUGUAUUUCUUAUUUUGGUAAGUGCGGUGAGUUCCAUUGGGUACAGAGUACAAGCUGUAAUCAAAGGAUGGAGAGGACCUUGACCACUGUACCUCCUGAGCUGUAUGAUUUUUCUCCAGUGUUUUUGUUUUAUACAGCUUUUGAAUUUCUUUAACUUUUCUUGUGUGUACUGAAUACUGCAUAUGUACUAUUCUGAUUGUUUGCUCUAGUUUACUACCAAUAAAAGACCUGUUAAUCACAAAA